AUGACUGAGGAGAUGAAUGUUAACCUUGUGAGAGAUGAUGUGCCAUCCCGUGCUGCUAGUCUGAACGGAGACGAAAACGAGGGACCAUCUGAGGUAUUUCUCAGUGUACUUGUUCACCAAUGUCAGGUGGGUCUCAGUUUCUAUGACAGUAGAGAUUGUACCCUGCACUUCAUGCCUGACACGGUGGAUAACAGGGAUCUUCACCUGCUGGACAGAGUGAUUCAGGAGAUCAGUCCUAACGUCAUCAUCACAAGUGCGAAGCAGGAGCAAAACAUGGCCCAGUUUAUCAAAAGACUUGGAUCAAAUCCAGACUACAGACCAGAAAUUGUUGUGUAUCCCAGUGCUGACUUUGGGCUGGAGGUCAGUAAACAAAGGCUCAUGUCAGCACAUCUCCCUUUUCUUCCUGCAUCCAUCACUGAGAAAGAACGAAUCCCAUAUCUGUCCUCCUGCAUCUCGCUUGACUCGGUGACAAUGCUGAGGAGCAUAGGAGGGCUCCUGAAAUGUCUGGACAGGAGAAGAGUUGGGGUUGAACUGGAGGACAGCAGUGUGGGGGUUCCCAUAUUACAGUUACUUGCCUACACACUAACUGAUGUGGUAUACAUGGAUAGAGACACAUACAGCGUUCUCCAGAUAUUCAAAGCUGAGCUGCACCCUUCUGUCUACAAGCUCCAAUCUGGAGUGAAGGAGGGUCUGAGCCUCUUUGGUAUACUGAAUCACUGCAGAUGCAAGUAUGGCUCCAAGCUUUUACGGCAGUGGUUCUAUAGGCCCACCCGAGACAUGAAUGUGUUGAGGAGAAGACAGGAGGUGGUCCGUUUCUUUACGUCUCCUCGAAACUCUGAUGUUAUGAACACACUGCAGAACUUCCUGCGCAACAUCAAGAACAUUCCUACUUUGCUGUACAAAAUGUCUCUGUCUCAUACCAAAGUCAGUGACUGGCAGAAUCUCUACAAGACUGUGUACAGUGCUGUGGGGAUCAGAGACACAGUACGUUCUCUCCCCCAGACCAUCCAGCUCUUUCGAGAGAUCAGUAAAGACUUUACAGAUGACCUUGACUACAUCGCCACACUCAUCAGCAAAGUGGUGGAUUUUGAAGGCAGUUUUGCUGAGAACCAUUUCACCAUUAGGCCAAAUGUUGACCCUGCCAUUGAUGAAAAAAAAAGAAGGAUGAUGGGCUUAUCAGACUUUCUGACAGAUGUGGCCCGAGCUGAGCUGGAGAAUCUGGACUCUCGUUUUUCUACGUGCAGCGUCAUUUACAUCCCUCUGAUCGGGUUCCUUCUUUCAGUACCACGGCUGCCUGACAUGGUGGAGAAAGAGAACUUUGAGAUUGCAGGCCUUGAUUUUAUUUUUGUGUCAGAAGACCGGCUUCAUUAUCGCAGUGCUAGGACUAAAGAGCUGGACGACAUGCUGGGUGACCUACACUGUGACAUCAGAGACAUGGAGACAGCAGUGAUGACACAGCUCCAAGCCACUGUGCUGCAGCGCAGCAGCUGUCUCUACAAGAUUCUGUCCCUGUGUGCUGAGCUGGACUGCCUUAUGGCAUUGGCAAAGGCCUCCCAGGACUAUGGCUACUGUUCCCCUACACUGACACCACGCUGCAGACUGAUACUGAAUCAGUCCCGGCAUCCUCUACUAGAGCUGUGUACACCGGUUUUUGUGUCAAAUCCAUGCAUCAGUUCUGAGACUGAGGGAAAAGUGAAGGUGCUAACUGGGCCAAACUCUUCUGGCAAGAGCAUAUACCUAAAACAGGUUGGAUUGAUUGUGUUUAUGGCCCUGAUUGGCUCUGAUGUGCCUGCAAAAGAGGCUGAGAUCGGUCUGGUAGAUGCCAUCUUCACUCGUAUGCAUAGUCGUGAGUCUGUGUCCGUGGGCUUGAGCACCUUCAUGAUAGAUCUAAACCAGAUGGCUCAGGGUUUGAACCACAGCACUGGUAUGUCCCUUGUGCUAGUGGAUGAGUUUGGCAAAGGAACCAAUACGGUUGAUGGUUUAUCACUCCUGGCUGCGUGUUUGAAUCACUGGUUAUGCAAAGCUCCAGCUGAGUGUCCUCUCGUUUUUCUUGCUACAAACUUUCACAGUGUUCUGCAGCUAGGUCUCCUGCCUUGCUCUCAACUGCUCUCCCUGCUGACGUUAGAGACUACUGUAGAUGGGGAGGAGUUGGUCUUUCUUUACCAGCUGAGGGAGGGCAUUUGCCAGUCCAGCUACGCUGCAAAUGUUGCCACACUGGCUGGCCUGCCACCUGCUCUGGUGCAGAGAGGAGUGGAGGUAUCAGAUUUGUAUAGAACAGGAAGGACCAUCAAAAGGAUUGACCAGCCCUCAAGUGAUGAACAAAUCAGCAGAUGUGAAAGAGUGGUAGAGAAGUUCCUCACCCUUGAUCUGGAUGACCCCUCACUGGACUUGCAGAGCUUUUUGAAAGAGGAGCUGCUACCAGCUGUUGGAGAAGUACUGUAAAUGACGUUUUUAAAACUAAGGUUCCUAAAGUGAGACACAGAAAGUUCCUAAAGUGAGAAUAUUUGCUGUGGUAUGAGCCACUCACUGGUGCUUUAAGUAUAAACUGAGUUAUUGAUUUACUCAGGGGUUCAGCACAUAGAAAUACACAGUGGUGUUUAUCACAACGAUGCAGGACAGUGUUGUAUUUCUUUUAAUUAUUAAAGGUUUAGUCAGUAUUACAACUACAAAAUGCUCAGAGUCUGUUAUUUACUCUGAAAUAGUCAUAGUAAGUUGCUUAUAUGUAGCAUUUAAUAUUGGGAGACAUUUCAUGAUGAUAAUCUUUUAAUUGCCUAUCUAUGAAUUAAAUAAAUUAUUUAUCAUUAUCACAAGUGGUUGCCCUGUGAUGGACUGGUGACCUGUCCAGGGUGUAUCCUGCCUUCUGCCCAAUGACAGCUGGGAUAGGCUCCAGCACCCCACCGCGACCCAGAAGGAUAAGCAGUUUAGAUGAUGUAUGUAUGUAUGUAUGUAUGUAUCACAAGUGGUAUUACAUUUCCAUAUUUUUGUAGUUUACACUUUUAUACCAAUAUGUUUAGCAUCUAAGCAAAUGUUCAGAGUGUAGUGUGUUUAUUUAAUAUAAAUUUGCUUAUGUGCUUUAGUAGAUCUACCUGUUUAGUUCCUGAGGUCAGUAGAGGGUUGAGUUGAUUUCAGGGAAGACUUAAUGCAAAUCUUUUCUCACUAACCCCUGUCACUACAUUGGACAGAAGCAACUGUGUUAUCACAGUUUAUUAAAUCAAUUAAGUUCUUGAGUCUUUAGAUAAACAGGAGA